UCGGGGCGGGGAGCUGGCCCAGCGUCCCGAGCAGCCGGGCCAGGCCGGAGCCGGACCGCGGGCGGGUCCCGCGCCAUGGGGCGGCUGGUGGCUCUGAGUUUGCUGGGCAUCGGGCUGGCGCUGCUGGGUGAGCGGUUCCUGGCACUCAGGAACCGACUCAAAGCCUCCAGAGAAGUAGAGUCUGUAGACCUUCCAAACUGCCACUUGAUUAAAGGAAUCGAAGCUGGCGCUGAGGACAUUGACAUUCUUCCCAAUGGUCUGGCUUUCUUUAGUGUGGGCCUCAAGUUUCCAGGGCUCCACAGCUUUGCACCAGAUAAGCCUGGAGGAAUACUGAUGAUGGAUCUCAAAGAAGAAAAACCCAGGGCACUGGAAUUAAGAGUCAGCUGGGGCUUCGAUCUGGCUUCAUUUAACCCGCAUGGCAUUAGCACUUUCAUAGAUGGUGAUGACACCGUUUAUCUCUUUGUUGUGAACCACCCGGAAUUCAAGAGCACAGUGGAAAUUUUUAAAUUUGAAGAAGAAGAAAAUUCUCUGUUGCACCUGAAGACAAUUAAACAUGAACUCCUUCCAAGUGUGAAUGACAUCAUAGCUGUUGGGCCCGCACACUUCUAUGCCACCAACGACCACUAUUUCUCGGAUCCUUUCUUAAAGUACUUGGAGACGUACUUGAACCUACGCUGGGCAAAUGUCGUUUACUACAGUCCAGAUGAAGUUAAGCUGGUGGCGGAAGGAUUCGAUUCAGCCAAUGGGAUCACUAUUUCACCUGAUAAAAACUAUGUCUACGUUGCUGACAUCCUAGCUCAUGAAAUCCAUGUUUUGGAAAAACAACCUAAUAUGAAUUUAACUCAACUGAAGGUUCUGCAGCUGGGCACGCUGGUGGACAAUUUAUCUAUUGAUCCUUCUUCGGGUGACCUCUGGGUUGGCUGUCACCCUAACGGCCAGAAGCUCUUCGUGUAUGACCCAAAGCAUCCUCCAUCCUCAGAGGUUCUUCGCAUCCAGAACAUUCUAUCCGAGAAGCCAUCAGUGACUACAGUGUAUAUCAACAACGGGUCUGUCCUCCAGGGAAGUUCCGUGGCGACCAUAUAUGAUAGGAAACUUCUUGUAGGCACUUUAUACCAGCGAGCCUUGUACUGUGAACUCUAAAUUGUAUUUUUGGCAUGCAAGUGGCAAAAUAGUCUUUUGAUGAAUUGCUAAUUCUGAGAGAAUUUAACCAUCAGUACUGACCUAGGAAUAUACCACAUGCAUAGUUAAUUUUAUUUCAAUAAGGAAAGGCCCACAAUUCUGAUGCACUUUUAGCAUCAAAAGAAAAUGAACUUUAUAAUUGUUAUUUCUUUAAAUGCCAAUCCAGGGAGAAAGAAGAAGCUGCUUUUUCGUAAAGUGAAUGCGUUUUGCACAGAGGGGUUUCACCUUCAUGCCCCACCAUGUAGAAGCUACUGAAACAGGCCGAGCUAUAAAAAUGCCAGGGGCUUCUGUGCCCAUGCUGUGACCACUGUGUGUGUUCAGGACUACUGAUAGAUAACAUUUUGAUGUUCUGUACUUACAGCUUUGUUUACUGGUUUGCAAGUUUGAAUUGUAUUAAAGACUAACCAAAAUCGA